AUGCAAUGUCAAAUGUGCAAAAAAGUGUUGUCGAAAAACGGAUCUCAUUUCGUGUGUCAAGGUCCAUGCCAGGGAAAAUUCCAUAGGACCUGUGUAAAAGGACUAUUGGCUGACAUGAAGGCGGGCAAGAACCGUUUAUUUUGCAACAACUGCGAGGGAUGUUCUACUGUUGAUGAUUCUGAAGGAGAUGAACAGGAAACAGAGGGACAUGGUAUUGAAAAGAUCCUUAAAGACAUUCGAAAUAAAGUCAGUGCAAUUCCAAGCCUCCAAAAGCAAUUGAAUUCUAUAAAGAGAGAAGUCUUCAGGACAUCAUUAAUCUCC